AUGGCGGACUCUCAGUUUAUGUUAAACCCUCCCCCAGGCUUUCGCUUCGGGACACUAAAGUCGAGCAGCACUGAGGCCUACUUCAAGUUUAAUCAUGACCCACGCAUGCGUAAGAUAUAUCAGAACAUGAAAGACCAUAGCGUGGAAAAUGUGUAUGAUGGUGUCAAGAAAGUAGAAUCAGGGGAAAUUUCAGUUUACAUAGACGACCAACCUUACCUAGAACACAUGGUCUCUUCGCAGCACAACUGUUCCCUGAGAAUUGUGGGAGAGCCAUUUGGCAUCUCUGGCUACGGGCUGGUCCUUAGAAAACAAUCCUCUUGGACCCAGCCCCUCUCAAAUAGUAUUCAGCAAUUUAGCGACAAUAACGUGUUAGCAGACCUAUGGAACAAGUGGCUUGUACGGAAAUGCUUGAAAAAGGAAGAUUUUGAGAAAACGCCAGACAGAUUGUCCGUAUAUAACUACAACGGCGUUUUUGUUCUUGUCGCGGCCGGAAUUGUUGUCUCAAUUCUAUUCUUAAGCUUCGAACGCUUGGUGGCUUCUUCUCGAGCAAACAGGAAAAGAAACCCUCAAAAAUUUGAAAUGAGAAACUGUGGCAGUCAUGAAAGGUUCGCUGAUUACUUUGUGGAGAAAUUUCCUUCCACUCCAGCAGGGCUGAAUAGUGAGACUGAAAACAAUGUUCAAAGCGUGGCGGAACUCACUUUCGCGUCUUCAAACCCAGGGCUGCAGCUUGAAACAUUGGACUAUCAUCAUGAAGAACCAGAAGCGAGUAGUGGACUUAAAUUUCAUUCAAUUUGUUGA